CAACACUGAACGCGGCUGUGUCACAAUUUGAUUUGUCAAAUAUUGGUUUGGUAAAAAUGACGAGCCACAGGAUUUGUGUUCAGUAAAAAAAUAAAAUUAAAUUAAAUUGUGUGUUUAUCAAAAUGACUGUUUGGCGUAAACUGGAAGAUGGAGAAGUUUAUGCUGUUGCCAUAUACAACUUCACAGCCAAACCCGGCUCUCUCCAUCUCUCGUUCGACGUUGGCGAGCUGCUGCAUCUUGAGCGAGAGACUGAAUCCUGGUAUUGGGGCAAAAGCCUCAAGAAGGACGUCAGCGGCGCCUUCCCCAAGAGCUAUGUGCAGAUAAGAGAUUGUGUGGUUGACAAAUGUGGUGGUACGGUGGUUGCGUCUGCCGGAGGCAUCGGCGUUGUCCACGACAUAGCCGUUACUCUACGAGAAUGGUUGGAGCAUUGCAAGAAGCUGUACAUUAACAACGAUGAGCGUCUCAAGUUUAUGGAGGUGAGCAUGCGAGCGCUCCUAGAGCUGAGAGCUCAAGCCGCCUCUGGUGCAUUACCUCAGGAUACGCUGCGAAAAGUCGCCAGAACCGCUGUCUUUACCAUCGAUAAGGGGAACAGAACCUUAGGCAUGGAGUUAGCAGUAAGAACGGCAAACGGUCAGCUGGUCGAUCCUCUAAAGAUCUCCACGUACAAACUAAACGCACUCCAUGAUGACGCCAAUGCUCGCAUUGAGAAAAAUAUGGAAACAACACCAGUCAGUCCCCCACCAGCAACUCCGCCGGGAGCUCGAACAUACACCAUAGCGGUUCGCGUUCACAACUUCGUCUGUCGUAUGAACGAGCCCGCGGAAAUAGCUCUAGCCUUACACGACGCUUCGGGAGCUAAACUUACUGAACAUUUGUUACUACGAUGGCCUACGAAUCACAUUAGCACCGCUUUAGUUGUAUUUACUGAUUUCGGUGGCGAUAUAAUAAAGAGUGAGAAAAUAUAUUUGGUAUCAAAUAUAGUAAGGAUAGGUAAUAUGGACGCACAGAAUAUCGAUAAUAGACGCAGCUCAGUAGCUCAAACGCCGCCCGUAGUAUCUCCGUCAGCUCGUUCCAUGCGUCGGCCCUUCGGCGUCGCCUGCGCAGACAUUAAACGAUUCGUCAACAUCGACUGCCCCAGCCCCGACAAACAUAUACAAGUGCCAUUUUACGCAUAUGAAAAGGAGAAUUUGGACUGUUUGCUAAAGAAAAUCAUUGCCAACCGUGACAUCAAGGAUGCUAAACAUUCACAAGGAUUGUGGGUCUCUGUGAGGCUAGUUGAAGGCGAUUUGAAACAGAUUCGCGAAGAAAACCCGCAUCUUGUAGUAGGUAACACAGCGGUAGCUCGUAAAAUGGGUUUCCCCGAAGUCAUUAUGCCAGGAGACGCUCGCAACGAUCUCUACGUCACUGUAUGCGGAGGUUCCUUCUCUAAGGGAGGGGGCAAAUCUUCGGAAAGAAACAUUGAAUUAAUCGCCAAGGUUGUCGAUAAACAUGGACAGACUUUCCCGGGCGUUAUAUCUGUCGGCGCUGGAGUUCCAUUAGUCAAUGAGUACACAUCUGUAGUGUAUUACCACGACGAUCGACCUCGGUGGCAAGAAACAUUUAAGGUGUGCCUAAACAUAGAAGAGUUUAAAGAAGCCCAUUUAGUAUUCCUCUGCCGCCACCGUUCCUCAAACGAAGCUAAAGACAGAGCUGAAAGGCAUUUUGCUCUCUCAUACCUACGACUAAUGCAGCGAGAGGGCACCACUACACCCGAUACACAACAUAAUCUCUGCGUUUAUAAGAUUGACAAGCGUGCCAACCAAUCCGAAGCUGAAGAGACCUGCCUAGGCCUCCCCUCGCGUAGGGACGAGCUCCCGGCGGGCGCGGAGCAUGGGCUGGCGCGCGGCGUACUACAACUUGUACCGAGGGACAGCCUCGCUGUUAGCACCAAGCUGUGUUCCACUAAGUUAACUCAGAGAGAGGAAAUCUUAGGCGUCUUAAAAUGGAACACGCACUACGCGGAAGGUACGCUACGGAAUGCAUUGAUGCAACUGUUAGUAGUACCGAGCGAAGAGUUGGUCAAGUUCCUGCAAGAUAUAUUGGACGCCCUGUUCAGUAUACUGACGCAGGUACAAGAAGAUCACGAAGACGAUGUCUACACAGAUAAUAGUUAUGGCGUCCUAGUACUCGAAUGUUUGCUUCGAGUGAUAUCAAUAGUAGCCGACCACAAGUACCAACACUUUCAACCAGUGUUACAUGUUUAUAUUGACGAUAGCUUCUGCGAUGCAUUGGCUUAUGAGAAAUUAAUAUCAGUAAUGGUAUGGGUGAUAUCGGCCGCAAACGCAGGUGAUGCGGCUUUGAAGAGGCUUUUGAUGUGUAUGAAAUGUAUAGAGAGUUUAAUACGACUGAUUGUGAGAAGUCGACAGUUGAGGAGUGCGCUCGGAGACCGAGCUUCUGAUAGUGAAUUCUGCUUGUUGUUUGAGGCUCUUCUAAAACAAUUGGUAUGGCUGAUGCGUUGUGGAGAUCACGCCCUCACAUGUCAAGGCUCAGCGCUGAAAUACCUCCCUCACGCUGUACCGCACAUUAUCAAAGUGUACCCUGAUACGGAACUCAGUGCGUACAUCGUUCGAGCACUGGAAGCCUUACCCCUAGGCCGGCUCAGUAAGCAAAGGAUGUUAGCGUUAUUGGAGUUGGUACGCGGUCCUUUAUGCUCCCAGCCGUCGGCCCGAGCGCUCUUAUUGCCGCAUCUAGCCGCCACUACGCGCGCAUUGCUCCGUGACAAGGCUGAGUGGGAUCGCGAGGCUGCCCACAAGUCGCGCUCCGUGGGUAAAGCGGCGCGGCUCCUCGGCGCGGACACGGCGAAGCUGCCUGACCACACGCACCACCAGCAGAUCGUGGAGCUUUGCGUGGAAACUUUGGGCGAGGUGAUGUCACUCCUCGCUCGAGACGAUGUCGGUCCAGUCGAGGCGGACCGCGGGGAACUGGCCAGACGGUUACUGCCGACCGUAUUGAAGACGGCCGCUACCAUGUUGAGGGAUCGCAAGACUGAAGGACAAACCAAUAGCGCUGAAGAUGCUUUGUUGAGACGUAUCCUAUCAGUCCUACUCGACAUGGUACGUCAGAUGUCAGAAAACCAGUAUUCGAUGGUCGUGAGAGCCUUAGAAGCGGAGAACGCUGGCGGGUCAGGAUCGCUGGUCGCCGACGCUCUGUCGUUGUUCCUGGCGAUAUUACAGAGGCCUGUGUUUAGACCGCAUUGGGCUGAUAUGCUGCAUUUACAGCAUUAUGUUAUGCUGCAUGCAUUGAGAUUACUCUCAACAACGCUUCGCGACCGUCUUUACUCUACGGAAGACUCAGAUACCGAAACGCUAACAGCCAUUCACUCACUGUGUCGCACCUGGUUCGAGGCUGGGGCUGCGCUCGCGACGUCUUCACCGCUUCAGCUAGAAACGCUACCUGCAGCGAGAAAACAAAGACUCAGCGCUUUAUACGGCGAUGUAAGGAGAGGCGUCGCUGAAUGUCUUAGUGAAAUGUGGUAUAGUUUAGACCAUCACAAGCGUUCGUUCAUCCCCUGUCUUGUUGGUCCAUUCCUAGAAGUGUCAUUCCUUCGAGACGAAGAAGUACGGAACACUACCAUACCGAUAUUCUUCGAUAUGAUGCAGACUGAAUACAGUCAUAGCGUGUUGAAUGGAGAAGCGAACGAAAGUCCACUAAAAGAACUAGAAAGCGAGAUGAUAGAUAAAGUAGACGUGUUAGUAGAGAAAGGGUACGGGGAUUCAGUAUGGAGGGCUCGCUUCGUGUCUUUAUGCGGGGCCCUGUGUGGGGCGGCCAGUGGUCCUCUCCGGGUCGCUGCGGCCGCCCUUGUAGCGGCUGCGGCGAGGCAACUAGACGCAUUGCUACAGUACCGCGCCGCCGCACGAAAGUCAGCCACGCCGCAUCGCAUGCAUCUAACAACCUGCGUUCUGCAUUUCUACCAGCAAAUUGAACGACCCCAUAUGUAUAUACGCUACGUCCAUAAGCUGGCUAAAAUGCACCACGCAGCUCAACAAUGGGCUGAAGCAGGACUGUCACUUCGCCUACACGCCAAGUUACUAGCGUGGAGCCACGAUCCCUUACCGCCGCGGCUCAGACAUCCCACUAUUGAACACGAUAGUCAUACUACGCAUAGGGAAUUGAAGGAAUACCUAUACCUCGUGAUAGCCGACCUACUAAACCGUGGUCGUCAAUGGGAAUUGGCGGUGGAAAUAGUGAAAGAAUUAGUAUCUGUUUAUGAAGAAGAAGCCCUAGGCUACGGGCCCCUUGCGGAUCUUCAUACCCAAUUAGCCAGUAUGUAUGAUGCCAUGUUGAGGACGCCGAGGUCACACCCUGGAUACUUCAGGGUCGUUUACCAUGGAAAAGGGUUCCCUGAGUUGCUGAGGACUCCUUAUGGUUAUAUUUACCGUGGUAAUGAAUACGAACAACUGCAAGAGUUCAAAGACCGGCUUCUAGAUGAAUGGCCUGAUGCAGAAGUGUUACCGAAGUUAGAUCCACCUGGACCAGAGAUCACGGAGUCUGAUGGACAGUAUUUACAAAUAAACGCGGUAGAUCCAGUUAUGGGUGACAAGUUGAAGCGACUCUCCGGCAAGCCGAUAGCGGAACAAAUACUGCAGUACUACAAACAUAAUAAUGUCGACAAGUUUGAGUUCUCCCGACCUUUUUAUAGAGCAGAAGAAUCGUUGGACGGCUCAACAGACGAUUUAUCGAAUCAAAAUGAAUUUGCAACUCGAUGGUUGGAGCGAACUGAAUUAGAAAUUAGCGAAAAGUUGCCAGGCAUUCUCCGCUGGUUCCCAGUACGUUCCCAGCGUACGUACGAAGUAUCCCCGCUGACCGCUGCAGUGGAAGCGCUGAAGGAUUCAAAUAGAAGACUGAAAUCGCUGAUCAUCGAGGCGAGAGCUCCUGACGCGCCCCUACACCCACUUACCAUGAGGCUAAUAGGUAUUUUGGACCCAGCAGUCCAAGGCGGUAUAGUGAACUAUGAGCGUGCAUUCCUAACGCCGGCGUAUGAAGCGAGGCAUCCUGACCACGCGCCCUUACUCACUGAACUAAAGGAUUUGAUCGCAGAUCAGAUACCACUUUUGAAGUUUGGUUUGGACGUGCAUGGAUCCCGCGUGUCUGCGGACAUGGAGGAGAUGCAAGCACAUCUAUUGAAAUGUUUCCGAAGGGUACAGCAACACGUUCACCAACGAUACGGACGGAAGAAUUGUGACAUCGAAGUGGACUCGCCCGAAGUGCAGCUUCGGAUGCCAUUCCGCGACAGCUUCAGUAUGGAAUCUAGCAACAACACUAAUAACAGAAUAUCCGACAUAUCAACUGGCACUGAAACGUCGACGAAAGGAAGGUUCUUUAGUUUCAACGCUGCUAUAAAUCCCUUGUCCAGGAAUAGUAGUACGGGUGUCGUAAGUCGCUUCGCAACGUUGCAGAGUUCGCCAGGCAGAAGGAAUAAACGGAAUUUGAGAAAGAGCGAAGUAGGCACCCAAGCCAGCGGAUCCCAAUGGUACACGUCCCACGCCACACCAAACGGCUCGCUCAACAACAGCACCUCCACUGUCAACAACACCUCCACGAGCAACAACAACAACAGUAUAACGAGCAUCAACACACAAACGGACACGCCGUCCGCAUCACCUUUACGUGAAUUGAGGCAAGAGGUGAGACAAGUUCCUAAGCUGGUGACUGAGAGACCGCUCCGAGCUGAAGUCGAGCGCGAACGAAGGCUGUCCCAGCGAACUAGUCUCAUCACAUCAUCCGCUCCACCCUCGAACCGAGACUCUAUGGGAACAACAGAUUCCAAUCAAGAAGAAGAAGAGCCUCCUCCAUUACCAAAGAAAUACGCCCACCGAAGCAUGGACCUCGACAGCGAUACCAACAACAACGGGGAAUCGAACCCGCUCCCUCCCAGACACAACUACGACACGGUAUGGGCGCCGCGGGGAUCAUUCUUGUACAACUCUAUAGCACAUAGAAAAAAUACGACCAAUGAUAAAGCACCUACACCUCCCCCGAAAAAACGUAACGCCCAAUAAGUUUUUAAAGAAAUUUGUACUCUAU